AUGACUCUGGUUUGGGUAACACUCGUUUUUCUUCUUCACCAAGGAGACAUGCUGGAGCAAGUGACCACAGUUCAACUUGGUGAACCUGCAACUUUGACAUGUGUUUUACCUCCUGGUGAUUUAAGCACUAAAAUUCACUGGUACAAGCAGAGAGCAGGGGAAACUCUGAAACUGAUUGCGACACUGCGGCAAACUGCACAUCCUCAGUAUGGACAAGGGUUUAAUGCCUCAAGAUUGGAAGCAAAAGACAAUAAAAACAUCAGCAGUCUGACCAUAUUCAGGACAAUCCCAGAAGAUGAAGGAAUGUAUCACUGUGCAGUCAUGGAAUGGGAUGUGAAUGCUUGGAGUGGGACCUAUUUGUUAUUAAAAGGAAACACCCAGAGAAACGUUACUGUUCGUCAGUGGCCAACGGUAUUAGAUUCAGUCCAUGCAGGGGAUUCUGUGACUCUCAACUGUUCAGUCCUGUCAGACUCUGAUAACAAGAUGUGUCCUGGAGAUCUCAGAGUCCUCUGGUUCAGAGGACAAAACUCUCAUCCAAAUAUCAUCUAUGUUGAUGGAAAGAACCAAACUGAAUGUAAGAAGCAAUCAGACACUCAGAAGAGCUGUGUUUAUCGCUUCUCUAAGACGGUCAGCUCCUCUGAUGCUGGGACUUACUACUGUGCUGUUGUCACAUGUGGAACGAUAUUAUUUGGAGAUGGAACUAAAGUGCAAAUAGAAACCAGCAUUUGCUCUCUGAUGGCCAGUAUAGUUAUUUUUCUGCUGUGCGCUGUCUUCGUUCUCAUUGUUACUGCUGUCCUCACUUAUUCGAUCAGAAAAAACAGCAGUAAUCAUUGCAAAGGCGCUGUCCUGCAGAAAAAUUGUAGCGAUCAGAAAAGACAAAAGAAUAAGAACACGUCUAUGUUUUCUGCUGUUGUCUUUACAAUGAUGAAGGCUGACAGAGGGAAAAUAGAGGAUGCAAAAGCAGUUGAGAAGCAGAUCUACAUGGCCAAGUCUUUUGGAUUGGAUUAG